AUGGUGCUCGUAUUUUUCUUUCUUGUAGUUGAAAAACCUUACUACAAAACCGAAAGAAAGGAGAAAUUAGCUACGUUCCAGGGUGCUCUAAAAUCGACAAUAUUUAUCGGACAAUGUUUUGGAUUGAACCCUGUUAUAGGUGCUGGUGACAUUGACCCAGCAAAGUUAAGAUUCAAACUAUUUUCGGCUCGAUGUAUUUACAGCAUAUUAUCGAUUAUUGGACAAAGUAUUAUGUGUUGUAUAAGCAUUUUGAACGUAAUCGCUUGGUCGGAUACAUCAUUACCAUCACUGAUUCCCGUGGUGUUCAACAGUUCGAAUUGCAUAACGACAAUUUUAUUUUUUCGUCUGGCAAUCAAAUGGCCCAAAUUGUGUCAGUACAUCGGCAGGAUUGAAGCGGUAAAUCCGAAUAUAGAUGGUGCAUUCAUAUCAAAAUGUAAUUUGUCGUGCGUUAUUGUUUUGACUUUGGCUUUGGUGGAACACAUAUUAUCAGAUCUUUCAAAGAUUAUUUCCGUGGUAGACUGCCAUCCCAACAAGAAUAAAUAUGGAGCAUUCAUAAUGAGCAGUUUUCCAUGGAUUUUCACGUUUUUGGAGUACAAUGACUUUUUAGGAGUAUGUUCUCAGAUAAUAAACAUACAAUGCACGUUCAAUUGGAACUUUUCUAAUUUGUUUGUAAUUUGUGUGAGUAUUUAUUUGACCUCGAGAUUUGAUCAAGUGAAUAAGAAGAUAUUGGCCGUCAAAGGGAAGGUUGUACCAACGAAUUUUUGGCGUAAUGUAAGAGAGGAAUAUAAUCGCACUAUAAAUAUGGUCAGACGAGUGAAUGACGUCAUUGGAGGCAUUAUAUUUAUUUCAUAUACAAAUAAUUUGUUUUUCAUAUGCGUACAGUUGUUUUAUACGCUCUCCGAAGGAAUCUCCGCAAUACCAUCAUGCCAUCCCGAAAGCCAUGAUCAAAGGCCGCUAAAAGGUUACGAGCAAGCAGUGUACUUCAUGUACUCGUUCAGUUUCCUCGUCGUUCGAUCUCUAGUGGUUUCCUUGGUGGCUUCCCGAGUGCAUUCAGCUAGUAAGGAACCGGCGUACGCUUUGUAUGAUAUUCCACCGGCUAUGUACUGUGUUGAGGUACGAAGGUUUCUAGACCAAAUUCAUAGCGAUUCCGUUGCGUUGAGUGGAUUCAACUAUUUCCAGAUCAAACGGGGACUAGUUCUAACUAUCGCGGGCACGAUAGUUACAUACGAGCUCGUACUACUACAGUUUGGCUCCACUCCAGACGCAAAAUGACUAUGGACAUAAUACUGUUGGACUGUUCU